AAGCGUGGGGUUGGUCUCGGUUCACAAAGAACACACGAGCAACCGAAGAAGAAACACAGCAGAAAAUGACGAACCCAACAAACAGGAACGAGUCUCCAGAAGAAGAGGAAGGUGCUGUUCAAUUGCUUUCUCAAGACUCCACUGAGGUUGACCUCGAAUCACCCGAAUCAAACACCAACGAAGAAAAUGAACAGCGUCCAUCUCCACGCGCGAGACUCGCAGAAUCUUUGCGCGCGCAUACGGCAAGAUUGCGCAUUGCGAGGGUACGCGGAGACUUUGAACAGACUCUUACGACUGUCCUUAUUCUCAACGUCAUAUACAUGUACUACCUGGAUCACAAAAUUUUAGUCUUGAUCAUUCGAGCAUUUCAGCUUAUGCGACUGCUAAACUUUCCGUACGUGACGGCGGACUCAAAAGGAGGGACUGCACUCAUUCUUUUCAUCAGUAAUUUGUCGGUCGUACUAAUCCACUCCAUACUCAUGGGUGGACCCAGCGCUGAAGUUAAUAUUGGAGACAUGUUGUUUAUCAACUUCAUCGGACCGGAACCGAAAAGUUUGGACAAGACUCUCGGUGCUGACGCCGUGAUCAUGACUUUGCAAGCGAUGUUGCUUCAGAGCAAGUGGGAGUGGGAAGGCACCUUUAACAGCUUCCCCCUCGUAUCUGUUAUGCCGGUACCGGUCACGGAUAGCGUUCCGCAAACUGAACCACUGGAGGAAGACUCUGACUCUGAUUCUGACUCGCACUAUGCAGAAUACAGCGCACAUAUUACAAUAUCGGCCUCCGGAUGAUAUCUAGAAGGUUGCGACCUCCUUAUGUAUACAUGUGUCAACUUAGAAGAAGAGUUUUAUCCAUACUGAGUCAAAUCAACUGGGAGAAGAAAAGUAGGUAUGUGUCGUUGUCCACGUACGCCCGAAAGGUAUCUGGAUCACAGUUGGCAACAUUUCGACAAAACUCGGUGUCCGAGCCGCGCAAGAUGUCGACGACUGACAAUCCGGAUACGCCAUUGGAAGCGAGAAAGGCAUAUCGCGGCAUGGCUCGUUGUUGGAGAUUCGCACACAAGACCUCCCUCGGUAUGGCGACGAGGUCAUCCAGCGAAGCACCCAUGGUUUCGUGCACGAAUGCCCACUUUGGGGUAAGAUUGCCGACGACGGAAUAGGUCAAGAUGGCCGGGGCUUCGCGAACAACGGCUCGGAUUUGUGCGUCAUCGAGGCCGACGUCAUCGCGAAGCCAAAGGACGCGGUCGAGAAUGUCCUCGAUGCCGAAAAGGGAGGGAAGCUUAUCGAUGACGGAGGUGACGGCGUCCUCCCCAACUAAGCUUUCGAGGAGUGCGACACGCGGCUUAAGCAUAUGCUCUACACUCCAUUCAAGAACUUCUGGGGUCGAGACAACUAUCUUCCCGACGGUCUUGUCAGAGAAACCAAGCUCCUGGGAGAGAUAGUGCAAGCGCUUAGCGAGAGUUUUCUUAGCAUCGUAAACAAGUGUUAGCGGGGCUUUGGCAAAGAUCCUCGCCAUUGAAGCCGAAUCGGUAACCCCCGCGUGGCGAA